AUGGCAGUAGGAAAAAUGGAUGCGUCUGCUAAUUCGGACGCCGCUGUUCCAGAGGAAUCUAACCAUCCACAGGAGAAAGAGGCUCAAGAGAAGAAAGUUACAGCAGAUUCGCACGCUACCGAUUCUCAGCAACCCGCUUCAUCAUCGCGAUCAGGUGGAAAGAUAUUUAUAGGGGGGAUUUCAUGGGAAACGAAAACAGAGGACUUGAUCGAGCAUUUCAAGCAGUAUGGAACCAUUGUGGAUGCGGUGGUUAUGAAGGAUCGGGUAACUGGCCGGCCACGUGGAUUUGGAUUUGUCACUUUCGAGGAUCCCUCAGCGUGUGAUAAAGUCGUGGAGGAUCAACACGUCAUUGGCGGCCGCGCGGUGGAAGCUAAAAAGUCAGUUCCACAAAAUGCAAGUGCAGGACGUGGUCCGAGGACGAAGAAGAUAUUCGUCGGAGGCCUUGCUGGUAGCACCACAGAAGAGGAAUUUGCCGCGUACUUUUCGAAUUUCGGAAAUGUGGUGGAUCGCCAAGUAAUGAUGGAUCAUAACACUGGUCGAUCUCGGGGGUUUGGCUUCGUCACUUUUGACAGUGAGCAAUCCGUCGAAAAUGUCCUUGCUCAAGGAAAAAUGCAUCAACUUGGAAACAAACAGGUUGAGGUGAAAAAAGCGGAGCCCAGGAGAAUGGAUGCUUCUGGAGGGAACGAUGGCUACGGUGUAGUAAGGGGUCGUCGCCAUGGUGUAGAGUACAGCUCGGGAGGUUACGGGAUUCCGGGGAGCUACGGAGAUGCCCCCAUGCCUGCUUACAGAGGCGACUACGGCUAUGGCCCUGCUUAUGCAGGUGGUUAUGGUGUCCCCUAUUCUGCAGUAGCUGACGCCAUGGCCGCCGUGUCCACCUCCGCUCUUGUUGCCCCCAGCUCCAUCAAGAGCUUCGAUGGCCUCCGCGCCAGCGCCACCCCCAGCCGGGUGGUGAAGUUCGCUCCCCUGAAGGGCAAGGGUGCCCUCGGUGCCCGCUGCGACUACAUUGGCUCCCCCACCAACCUGAUCAUGGUGAGCUCCAUCGCUCUGUGCUUCGUCGCUGGCCGCUUCGGCCUUGCCCCCUCGGCGAACAGGAAGUCCAGCGCCUUCCUGAAGUUGAGCGAGAGGGAGACCGGCCUUGGCACCAACGACCCCGCCGGCUUCACCGGCACUGAUGUGCUUGCUUUCGGCGUUGUCGGCCACGGCAUUGGCGUUGGCGUCGUCCUUGGCCUCAAGUACCUCGGCGUGAUCUAA